AUGUCAAAUAUCGAGUCUGCCAUCUACGGAGCAAGUGCCUCCAUCAUCGCAAACACAAUAAUAUACCCCUUGGAUCUCGUUAAAACUGUCAUCCAGACUCAACUAGAACUAAAGCAAACCCCAGAUGAUGAAGAUACCGAAUUAUUAUACAAAAACUCACUAGAUGCAUUGAUCAAAAUCUAUCACAAACAAGGUAUAAAAGGUUGGUAUAGAGGAUUAUCUUCAUCCUUAUUAGGCACUGCUACUCAAUCAUUUACUUAUUUCUAUUGGUAUUCAUUUGUUCGUAAAUUAUGGUUAAGAAUUAAAACUUUGAAAAAAUGGAGAUUAAUCAAUUCCACUCCAGAGGAAUUGUUAUUGGGUAUGGUUGCUGCUGCUUUAGGACAAUUCUUCACUUCCCCAAUAAGUGUCAUUUCAACAAGACAACAAGUUAGUCCAGAGAAAAAUCCAACUUUAAUUAAAACUGCUGAAAAUAUCUUGCAAGAGGAUGGUGUCACUGGAUUUUGGAGAGGUUUAAAAGUUAGUUUAGUAUUGACUACAAAUCCUUCAAUAACUUAUGCCUCUUUUGAAAGAUUGAAACAAUUGUUUUUCCCUAUGAAGUCUCUUUUAUCUCCACAUGAAUCAUUUACAUUAGGUGUAUUAUCCAAAAUGUUGGCUACAAUAAUUACUCAACCUUUAAUUAUAUCAAAGGCAAUGUUGCAAAAAAAUGAUGAUAAAAACAAUCAAGAUUUAAAAUCUUUCCAAAGUGUUUUAAAAUAUUUGGUUAAAAAUGAAGGUGUACCUGCAUUAUGGAAAGGUAUAUUACCUCAAUUAACAAAAGGCGUCCUUGUUCAAGGUUUCAUUUUCAUGUUUAAAGAUCAAAUCACCGUAUUAUUCAAAACAAUAUUCCUCUUG